AGCCUAAAAAUAGUCAUGUGUGAUCUUGUUUGAUUCGUCUUAACAUAUAGAUUAUUAAUAUAUAAUUUUUAUAAUUUUUUAAUAUACAAAUUAUAAGAUAAAAUGGAUUAAAGAAGUGCAUUGGAUGUGAUUCGAAUUUCUUUUUUUUCUUUUUUCUUUUCAAAAAUAAUAUAAGAAUUAAUACUGUCAUCCGGAAAUCGGUAGCAAGCCCUAGAUUGAAAAUCACGAGAAUUUCCUCGAAACGGGUUUGCUGGACGGAGAAAUGAAGCUUCUCUGAGCCGUAUGCAUGCAUUCAACGUUCAUCAUCUCCAAUUUCCCAGAAAUUCAUCGCCUCUGCGCUGCCGAAAGGUAGAAAAUCUCACUCUUCCAUGCAUUUUGGUGAUUUUUUAACUUGAUCCAUUUGUUUACUAAGCUGGGAGAUUAGUCUGGACCAACAUUGAAUUUUGUUAAUAUUACACCAAGUAUUGAGCUGCUGUAAUACCAUCAUGGUUGCUGCUGCUGCUGCUGCUGCAUUUUUUCCUCUUGGCAAUCUGCCUAAUGAGUCUGGUGCCCAAACAUCUGGUAAGUUGGGAGGAACUGCACCGGCCAGCCUCAAUGCACGGGGCAUGAAGUCAAAAUCAUCUGCUUCUCGAAAUUUGCAAGUAAAGGCCAGUGCACAAGCUCCUCCCAAGGUUAAUGGGUUCAAGGUAGGCGUAGUGGAAGGCCCCAGAACUGAUGAUGAAUUGACAUCUUCUUCUCACCCAAGGACAUUUAUCAAUCAGCUGCCCGACUGGAGCAUGCUCCUUGCUGCCAUCACAACUAUUUUCUUGGCUGCUGAGAAGCAAUGGAUGAUGCUUGACUGGAAACCAAAACGCUCUAAUGAGCUUAUUGAUUCUUUUAGCUGGGGGAGGAUUGUGGAAGAGGGAUUGGUUUUUCGUCAAAAUUUCAGUAUCAGGUCCUAUGAAAUAGGAGCUGACAAGACUGCGUCUAUAGAAACAAUGAUGAAUCACUUGCAGGAAACUGCCCUGAAUCAUGUUAAGAGUGCAGGACUCUUGGGUAAUGGGUUUGGUUCAACUCCAGAAAUGUGCAAAAAGAAUUUAAUAUGGGUUGUAAGUAGAAUGCAAGUUUUGGUGGAUCGUUAUCCUACCUGGGGUGAUGUCGUUCAAGUAGAUACGUGGGUAGCUGCAUCAGGGAAGAAUGGUAUGCGGCGUGAUUGGCUUAUUCGUGAUUGCAGCACAGGAGACAUAUUAAUGCGAGCUUCCAGCCUGUGGGUGAUGAUGAAUAAAGAGACAAGGAGAUUAGCGAAAAUGCCAGAUGAGGUUCGAGCUGAAAUUGGAAGCCAUUUUGUUGAUACACCACCCAUUAUUGAUGAGGACAGCAGGAAGCUGCCGAAGCUCAAUGAUGAGACAGCAGAUUACAUUCGCAGUGGAUUAACUCCAAGGUGGAAUGAUUUAGAUGUGAAUCAGCAUGUCAACAAUGUUAAGUACAUUGGCUGGAUUCUUGAGAGCGCCCCCUUGCCCAUCAUGGAGAGUCAUGAGUUAGCAGCCAUGACUUUAGAGUACAGGAGGGAGUGCAGGAGGGACAGUGUCGUCCAAUCUCUCACCUCGGUUAUGGGCAAUAAUGUUGGGGAUCUGGCUCACUCUGGAUCUGUUGAGUGCCAACAUUUGCUCCGCCUCGAGGGUGGUGCUGAAAUUGUCAAGGGGAGGACCGAGUGGAGGCCGAAAUUCGCCAACAGUUUCAGGACUGUGGGUCCUCUCCCAUCCGGAAGCAUCUAGUCCAGAACAUCCUCGUACCAUCUCAACUCUCACCAAUCUCGCCUUCUUCAUUCCAUCUCUCUCCCUUUUCUUUUGCCAUCCCUACAUUUUGUUUUCUGAUAUAUAAGGAAAACGGUCAGUAAAUCACUGUAAGUAAGUCCAUUGUCCUCCUCCCUGUGAUAAUCCUCUUCAGUUUCCUUUUGUUUUCUCCUUUCGAAUUCCCAUUGAAGAUCUAUCCAUCUCCCGGUUUGUGUUCAUAUGCGUGGAUACAAAGUUAUGCCAAUUUCCUUCUGGUGAAGAAAUUCGUUACAAUUUAUAAAUGUUGUUGCCAGGGCCAACAUGUCGAAAUCUCGUCUACGUGUAUAUAUAUAUAUAUCUCUCUCUAUAUAUCCUUCAUUAUGGUAUGGUGUGUCUGCAUAAUAUAUUGAGCCUGGUGAUGUAUUGCACUUGGAAGGGAAGGCGGCGGAAUGUCUCCAUUUGUGAUCUGAAAAUCUUCUGUCUCCGUUUGUUAUCUGAAAAUCUUUCUGUGUUUGAAUCUAUGGAGUAUCUUAUUGUGUGGGAAUUUUGGCAGUUCUGGGCACACCCUCUUUUUUGGUGUUAUAUAUGCACUUGGUGAAUUAUGGCUAUUAAAAUUACUGUAAUAACAAAUUUGACAAUUUAAUUGUGCGACAUCUUCAUUUGUUGUGUUUCAUUGUUUCUGUUGUGUAUCAUUGUAUUGUUGUUCGCACCCUAUUAUUAUAGAUUAAAAAAUUUGUGUGUUCCAUCGGUGAAACCAUCCUUCUCCCAAAAAAAACUUUUUCGUCUCAAUUUAAGUUACAUGUUUAAACUUUAAUUAUGUUCUAGGUGACCAAUCGCAUGAUAAUUAUUUGUUAUGUUCGUCAUGAAUAAUAGACUUUACAAUAU